AACCAAGCCUUCGCUUGCUCGUUCUCUUGUGCAUAAAAGAACCGGCGCAUUCACGUACAUACUCUCUCUCUCUCUCUCUCUCCCCCCCUUUCUCUCUCUUCUCUGUCUGCCUGCCUGCCUGCCUGCUCUCGAGCGCGUUACGUCACCCCCGGGAGCCGACGACAGAUGGGGAGGAAGCUGGAUCGGUUCCUGGGUCGAGCCCACCGGGCGCCCAAGUUCAAGCCCCUCGUCAGCCUCGCCGUCUCCCGCCUCGCCGUCCUCAGGACCCAGCGCCAGUCUCGCCUCUCCCAGUCCCGCCACGACGUCCUCCAGCUCCUCCAGCUCGGCCGCCACGAGCGUGCUCUCCUUCGGGUGGAGCAAGUGAUCAAGGAGCAGAACAUGUUGGACGCCUACGACAUGAUGGAGAGCUACUGCAAUCUCUUGAUGGAGAGGGCCGACCUCAUCGAACAAGAGAAAGAAUGUCCUGAGGAGUUGAAGGAGGCGAUAUCGAGCUUGAUCUACGCAUCUUCGAGGUGCGGAGACUUUCCGGAGCUCCAAGAGAUUCGCACCGUUUUCGCUUCGCACUUCGGCAGGGAGUUCGUGGCUCGUGCGGUCGAACUGCGGAACCAUUGUGCCGUGAAUCUUAAGAUGAUAACGAAGCUGUCGACAAGGCAGCCAAACUUAGAGAGCAAAGUGAAGGCGCUGAAAGAAAUCGCAGCUGAGAAUGGCAUCACGCUGCAUCUGGAGGAUGAUCCUUCCGGUACUUCCGAGGAUAAAACACCUCUCGACAAGAAGCCAGAGCUUGCGGAGGGAUCGCAGAGUUCAUCUCCAGGAGGGAAAGAAGGCUCGUCUUCUGAUUCCUUCCAGAUGAAGAAGAAGUACAAGGAUGUGGCUGAUGCAGCUCAGGCUGCUUUUGAAUCAGCUGCUCACGCAGCGGCUGCUGCAAGAGCAGCGGUUGAACUCUCUCGGUCUGGAUCCCACGAUCCAGACGAUCACGACGGUCCCGAUACCCAAAAGGCAAAAUCAUUCCACAAGGUCGAGUCCACGAAUAAAUCGGAAGCGCAAGGAGGAGCAGUGGACGAUGAGCACCCAGUUCCAGACACGCUGCCUCUCAGCGUAAAUGCAGGAGAAUUGAAGCGAUCGAUUUCUUCUUCGAGUUCAAAGUUGGAGGAAAUUGAUGCGACUUCCGUGGAAGAGACGAGCCACGCGAAGGUGGUGAUCUUUGAUGAGAGCGAAGAUGAGAGAGAAGAUGAAGGACGCGCUUAUGCUGGACUGCCAAACCAGGACGAUGGCAAGUCCAAAGACGGCGGUAAAGUUGAAGCUACUCCCCGUCUCUCAUCUCAGAAGCAAAUCCGUUCGAGGUUCCAGGGUGGUACGAAGGUGGAUAUGGACCCUGGUCUCGCCACGGUACAUGCUGCCGAAGCAUCUAAGAUGCGAACUGCACGAUUGAACUUGGAAGGGAGACCAUUCUCAGUCAGGAGCAGACAAGUCCGUGGCUACUGAGAAGAUUGGGCGCGCCGUGUUGCGAGUAUGUGUAGCCAUGACGAGACCAUUCUUUUCUUUUGUUUUCUUCUCUUUCUGCCCGUUUUUUCCAUUAUAAAUUGCAGUUGAUGUAAAGCAAUUUUUUUUGCUCUACAUGCUAUUUGAGUUUUGAAAGUUUUGAAAUGUAUUGGCUCUUGUCGUAAAAAUAAGCCAACGCUUUAAACAAUUCUUGUGAUCUUAUUGUGAGUAUGUUUCUGUGAUCUCGUA